AUGAAGAGGGUGACUGAGGAGCUUUGGCUGAGCAGCCUCUACCUGCAGGAAGCAAUGCAUGUGCCAGAGGGAACCAUUGUCAUCCCAGAUAUUGCCUCUGCCCUUCUGGAUCCCAAGCAAUGGGCAUCCCCACAAGAGUUCAACCCGAAUCAUUUUUUGGACAACGGUGGGAAUUUUGUGGCUAGAGAAGCAUUUCUGCCAUUUGGUGCAGGGGCCCGGAUCUGCCUGGGGAAGCAGCUGGCAGAGAUUGAGCUCUUCAUCUUCUUCACCAGCCUGCUGAGGUCAUUCACCUUCCAACCACCAGAGGGAGUCAAAGAGCUCAGCAAAGAGCCUUCAGUGGGGCUCACUAUACAUCCCCGCCCUUAUAAACUCCGUGCUGUACCCCGCUCAAAUGCUUAGUAAACUAUGAAAAUAUGCAGCAGAUUUGCUACAGCUUUUGUGUAACAAGAAGCUUGUAUUCUACUGUGUCCAAUGUCCAGGAGUUUAUUCAGUUAAUUAUAAUUUGGCAGAUGUCUAUUCAUAAAAAGCCAUGGU